AAAUAAACAACUAUAUAAUUUCUCAGAUCUAUACCUGUGCAUCAAUUUGUUAGCCAUAUGGAGGAUGUCAUGAGAGACAGUAAAUUGAAGAUUUAUCGUGAAUUUUCUAACAUGCUCCUAUCAACUGGUAAAGAAAGUAAAAGAAUAGGAGAAUCAAAGAUCAAUUUUCCGAGAAACAGGACCAAUGUUGUUCCGUAUGAUUUCAAUCGAGUAAAGUUAUUAGAAGGAAAAAAAGGUUCACGGAAUGACUAUAUAAAUGCAAGUGUUAUUUUGGAACAACACUAUAUUAUGACUCAGUAUCCUCUACCAAAGACAAUUGGACAUUUCUGGCAAAUGGUGUGGGAACAGAACGCACCCUCUAUUGUAGUACUAUCUGAUGACGACGAUGAAAAUAUCAAGGGUGACCAAUAUUUCCCAGUCACUGAUGGCGCAGUACAUUCCGUGGGAGUCAUUGACAUAGAACUGCUUGCAACAUUUAAUAUUCUUGAAAGAGCGACUUUACGUAAAAUCAGGUUGUCUAAGAACUCAUUCUUGCGCGGAAAGGAAAUGAAGAAUGUUAACCACUAUCAUGUUCAUGGUCUGAAAAUGGCAAAUUUAUCUGAGGAACUUCUAAGUUGCAUAAACCUGGUUAAAUCGAACGAAAGAGAUGUAAAUGAAACAGGACCAUUAAUUGUGCAUGGAGGAUGCUCUGGGACUGACUAUAGCGGAGUGUUCAUUACAACGGAUUAUCUGGUUAAGUCGAUAGAUUCAGGUGACAAGGAUGUCGAUGUAUACCGGACAGCAUUGAGUGUUAUGAAUGAAAGAAUGUCCGCAAUUAAUACGGAAGAACAAUAUUCAACAAUUUAUAUUUGUCUUCAGAAAUACCUUGUCUCAAAAGCAGAUGAAAAAACAUGUUAUGAAAAUUCUGAAAGAAAAAGUGCAGCUGGUACAUACGAAUAUCUUCCAUGAAGGAUUUAUAUUUUACUUGGAAUAUUCUAAGACAUCUUCGUUACCAAUUUUUAUCUUUUAUGUGUUAUUCAGUUUGGAAGGCUUCUCAUAAUAAUGUUUUUU